AUGGAGACCAGCAUCUUCCACUGGGGAGAGCUGGGUGGCAGGAAUGGGGGAUCAAAGCACAGCAAAGCCCAAAUACUCACUCGAGACACCCCGUGGGGACAACUUGCCGACCACGAGGAAGUUGAGCACAUCUGCUGCAGUCCUCGUUUCAGUGUGUUUGUCCUGAAGAAUGGAAAGGUUUAUACCCUGAGCAACAGCCACAAGAGGAGAGAUCAGUUGGAGCUGGUUAGUGUGUUACAGGAAGACAGGAUUCACACAGUGGACAGCAGGGAUUCAAACAUUCUCUUCAUUUCGGAAGCAGGAAAUGUCUAUUUUAGUAAACUUCGGAGCUAUAAACGUAGGGCUGCUGCUAAGUCCUUCUACAUGACAAAGCCAAAGUUACUCAACGUCUUUGCAGACAAGUGUGUUGUUCAAGUUGCCUGUGGACAGAGUCACUCGCUGGCUCUCUGCAAAGAUGGUCGGAUCUUUGCAUGGGGCCAGAACAGCCAAGGCCAGCUGGGAUUGGGGAAAGCCUUUGGGUCCGUGCACAGUCCCCAGUGUGUGACGCUGUUGGCUGGGAUUCCCUUGGCCCAGAUUGCAGCGGGAAGAGCCCACACCAUCGCUGUGUCUCUCUCAGGGGCAGUGUUUGGCUGGGGUGGAAAUCGGCAUGGACAGCUGGGCCUGAACGAUGUGAAAGUUCGAUAUCAUCCCACUUACGUGAAGCUCCUGGAGUUUAAGAAAGUCAUCUAUGCAUCUUGUGGGGCCCUCCACACAGCCGUGCUGAGCAAGGAUGGACUUGUCUUCACCUUCGGAGCCGGGAAUUAUGGACAACUUGGGCACAACUCGGAGAGAGACGAGCUGAAGCCUCUCCUGCUGGCUGAGCUGUCUGGAAUUAAAGUCUCCCAGAUUGCGUGUGGGAGCUACCACACCCUGGCGUUCAGUGGCACAUCAGGAAAACUCUAUUCCUUUGGCCGAGGGGAGAAUGGGCAGUUGGGAAGCGGACACACUGACAACCAGUUAGUGCCUCGCCUGGUCUCAUUCUCGAUGGACAGCCCCAUCCUCCAGGAACCCGAUCCCGAUGGUGUGUUCCAGCCAGCCCUGAGAAGGAUUUUUGCAGGUGCCAAUCAAAACUUUGCGUUGUGCUUUGGUGUCGAGGCUUCACUUCCUGUGGAAGACCAGUCUCCAUUCAUUCCUCUGAGGAGAAUUCUCACAGCCGAAGAUUCACUUUGGAAAACCUGGAGGACUAUGGAAAACGGGGACCUCCAGAAGAACAUCAAAGAGCAAAUCACUUGUAUUUUCUCCUCUGCUGAGUGCCUCAAUGGAAGCUUCUUGGAAACCAGUGGGGAUGAUCAUUUCAAAACCAGCAGAGCAACCUCUGGAAUUGACCUGUCAGCAGCAAAUAUCUGGUUUGAGAAACUGGGGAAAGAUCCCAUACUUCUGCAAGAGGUCACUAACACAGUGGAGGAGAAUCUGAUUCCCUCCUUAAGCAAGUCUCCUGCUGGUGUGGAAGCUCUUCGAAUCUAUCUCAUUCUGCCGGAGCUCAUAGAAGUCCAGAGAGAGGGAAAAAACUCAGUGAAGCUCGCAGGUCUUCUGAGUACAGCUAUUGUGGCUCUGGAAGAAACCCAACUGCAGAUCCUUGAAUCUUGGUGGAGUAACCUCAAUGAGUUUUUCUUCAACAAACUUGUAAACUUGUACAGAAGUGCAUCUCACUGCCUUCUUCAGGAGACCUCUACUAUGCAAACAACAUUUCCUGAGGAAUUGCACGGUUGUCUCUCUAUUCUGCAGAGGCUUUACAAGAUAAAUACCUCCAGAAAGCCUAAAUACCAGGAGAACAAUUUCUACGUCUCUCCGGCAGAAGUUUUUGGUCCGAUGCCUGUCUCCUGUAAAGCAUUGUUGGAACUAAUUCCUUACCCUUGUAUCUUUAAUAUGGAAAACAAAAUUAAGAUUUUCAAGAGACUUUCUCAUCUGAAUAUUUCUAAUGGAAAAAUCGUUGAUGAAAGUAUCAGAUUUGGCAAUAAUAACAGCACUAAUGUAACUACUGGGAACAACAGUGCAUCUGCUGGUUCUAUUAGCAGUUUAGAAUCUGAUGUAUGCCUUGAGAACGUUGUUGCCUCAGCUGGCGACACUGAUAGAUCUACUGGGAUUGUUGGUGUAUCAACUGGAAACACUGGUGCAUCUACUGGCAUUGUUGAUGUCUCAACUCGGGACACUGAUACAUCUACUGGGAUUGUUGAUGUCUCAACUGGGAAUACUGAUGCAUCUACUGGGAUUGUUGAUGUCUCAGCUGGAAAUACUGGUGCAUCUACUGGCAUCGUUGAUGUCUCAGCUGGGGACACUGAUACAUCUACUGAGAUCAUUGAUGUCUCAACUGGGAACACUGCAUCUACUGGGAUUGUUGAUGUCUCAACUGGAAACACUGGUUCAUCUACUGGCAUAGUUGAUGUCUCAUCUAGGGACACUGAUAUAUCUGCUGGGAUUGUUGAUGUCUCAGCUGGGAACAGUGAUAUAUCUACUGGGAUUGCUGAUAUUCUCUAUGUAAACACUGAAGCCUCUAUGCAGAACACCAGUACAUUUACUGAGAUCACUGAUAGUUUGGACAUCGAUAUUUCUACUAAUGCACCUAAUGAAAUUGCUGAUAUCCCAAAUAGGAACACUGAUGGCUCUACUCAGAUCAUUGAUGCCUCAACUGCAAGCACUGAGACUUCUACUGGGAAUAUUACUGCACCUACUAGGAACAGUGAAGCAUCUACUGAAAUCAUUGAUGCAUCUACUGGGAACAUUGAGACAUCUACUGGAAUGAUUGAUAGACCUACUGAGAACACUGAGAUAUCUACUGAUCUCAUUGAAACUUCUACAGGGAGCACUGAGCCUUCUACUGGGGUCAUCAAUGCAUCUGCUGGGAACACUGAAACAUCUACUGAAGUCAUGGUAACUUCUACUGGGAACACUGAAACAUCUACUGGAAUCAUUGACGUAUCUGAUGGAAACAUUGAGAUGUCUGCUGGGAUCAGUGACAACACUGAUAAUGUAUCUGAAUUUUAUUUCGAUGAAUAUUAUUCAGAGGAUGACAUUGAUUAUUUCGAUUAUGAAGAUGUGAUUUGUCAUUCUGACAUUGAAAACGCUAUUAGAAUUAUUGAAACGAUUAUUAAAUCCACAUGCUAUCUACAUAUCAACAGAACAGAGAUCCUCCAAGACACUUUGACACAAUUACGAACCUUUAGCACAACAGCACUCCGUGGUACAUUCAGGGUCUUCUUCAAGGAGGAACUGGCUCUUGACGAAGGUGGAGUUUCACAGGAAUUCUUCUCUGUUAUUACCAAGGAACUGUGCAAUCAACCAAAGAUCCUCAAGCAAUACGAAGAAUCUAGACUUGUUUGGUUCCCGGACUGGGACCCCGAAAUCAAGGAUGUCUUCUGGCUGUUGGGGAUUCUCUGUUGGCUCGCCCUGUACCACGGCUUUGUGGCGGACUUCCGCUUCCCAUUGGCCCUGUACAAGAAGCUGCUCAAUCAGCAGCCGACCCUGGAUGACCUGAAGGAACUCUCACCAACAGUAGGCCGAAAUCUUCAGGAGCUUCUCAAUUAUGAAGGUGAUGACAUUGAGGAUGCAUUCGCCUUAGAUUUCACAGUAGGGAUGGAGAUAGCUGAUGGAUUGAUAAUCGAGGUUGAACUCAUUCCUGAUGGUAAAAACAUUCCGGUACAAAACCACAACAGGAAGCUAUUCGUUGACAAAUAUGUGGACUAUGUGUUUAACACAUCAGUGGAGAAACAUUUUCAAGCCUUUUCCAAGGGAUUUCGCAGUGUUGUUCCAAUGCCGGUUGUAGAUUUGUUCCUCCCCAGUGAAUUGAUGGCUGUUCUCCAUGGGAACACAGAGUACGACUGGACCCAGCUGGAGGAGAACGCAAGGUACGGGGUAGGAUACACGAAGACAGAUGAAGCCAUUGUCAGUUUCUGGCAGAUGUUUCAUGAGCUGACGCUGGAAGAGAAGAAGCAUUUUCUUGCCUUCCUGACAGGUUGUGACAAGGUUCCCUUUGGAGGUAUGGGCAAUCUCAACAUCAUCAUUAGAGAGGACUGCAGGGCUGAUCCAGAUAUGUACUUCCCCACUGCUCACACCUGCAACUGGAUCCUGGACCUUCCCAGGUACAGCAGUGUGGAGAUCCUGAGAGAGAGGUUCCUCCGGGCAAUUGGAUGCUGCAGAACCUUUGGAAUCCAAUAGCGGCCAAAAUCAGAUGAUAUUCUUCAGUUUGUUUCAGAGUGGAAAUCGUGUUGUAAAUGCUCAGCAUGGUGGGAGAUGAAGAGUUAAGUGGCCAGAAAUUCAUCCCCGGUCACCAGCACAAAGCGCACUAUUUUGUUAUUGUCACUGGCUAUCCUCCCUCUCUUUCCAGUCCUGAUGAAAGAUCUCAGCCCGAAAUGUCAACUGUCCAUUUUCCUCCACAGAUGCUGUCUGACCCGCUGAGUUUCUCCAGCAUCUUGUGUGUUGCUCCAGAUUUCCAGCACCUGCAGUCUCAUGUGACUGUCACGAUUUUGUCUAAAUCCUGUUUCUUUGGAAGUCAAUGGAAUGAAUUUCAGGGGGGGCAGAGUCAAAGACACUGAGCUGACAAUCCACCAGAGAUGAACUUGUGGACCAAAAAAAAUUUUAAAAAUUGCAGAUGCUAGAAAUCUGAGAUAAAAACUGAAGGCACUAGAAACACUCGGCAAGUUGGGCAGCAUCUAUGGAAAGACAAUCAGCGUUAACGUUUUAGGUCGAUGAUCCUUCAUCAGAAUUUCUGAGAAAAGGUCUUUUUAAUGAAAGGUCUUUGACCUAAAACAUUGACUGGUUCUCUCCCCACAUACACUACUUGACCUGCUAAGUGUUUCCUGCACUUUCAGUUUUAUUUAUGGACUUCUAGGCAAUUGUUUCUGGUUGACCACCUUUCAUCGGAACACACCACAGUUAAUCUGCGUGAUGCAAUGGUAACCUCAUCGGUAGUUAAAAUAAAGAAGCAACCUUUACAGUUCCUCCAUUGGUCAUAGAAUGCCCACAGAUUUCACAGCUAGAUAUGGUUGAAGUGUGGGAAUUGAAGCAGCCAAUAUAUGCAGCUUGAUUAGUCUACCUGUGUUUCAUAUCUGUUCAUCCUCCAUCGUAGUACAGCCUCUUGUAAUAUUCUUUAUGGUCAACUGGCGACCAAUAUGCUAACAUUUUUGAUUUGUUGCGAAUGAGUGACAAAGGUAAGUUAAUGGUGAAACAAAUAGUUGGAAUUGGUUAAUUGGAAUUAGUUUAUUAUUGUCGUUUGUACCGAGGUACAGUGAAAAACUUGUCUUUCAUACCAAUCGUACAGAUCAAUUCAUUACAUCAGUGCAUCGAGGUAGUACAGGGUAAAACAACAACAGAAUGCAGAGUAAAGUGUCACAGUUACAGAGAAAGUGCAGUGCAGGCAGACAGUAAGGUUCAAGAUCAUAACGAGGCAGAUUAAUAAAAUCAGAUUUGAAGACAAACCAGUCUUAUACUUCUAUGUUAGUCAAUGUGUUUGUGUGUGUGUGUGUGUAUGUACACACGUGCAUAUGUGUGCAAGUUCAAAUUUAAGUUUAUUAUCGUCAUAGGUAUACAUACCCAGGGUAUAAAUGCCAUGAAAAUUAACUUUUUGCAGCAUUAGCACAGUACAUCACAAGACGAGGACAAACAUAAGUUAACAUAAACUUAAAUUAACAUAACAUAUAUAUGUGUGCACAUGUGUAUGUGUGUGUGUGCGCGUAUGUGUGUGUGUGUGCGCGCAUGUGUGUGUGUGUGUGUGUGUGUGUGUGUGUGUGUGUGUGUGUGUGUGUGUGUGUGUGUGUGUGUGUGUGUAUCUGCAGAGUUACCUAGUGGAAUUAUGUUUAUAAAAUGUGAUGUGUGCUGGAAAGUACAAGAGAAUAUGGGCUGUGUUUGUUCAAUCUCAUCAAUUCCCUUCUCAUAUACUCUUUAGGGAUGGAUUAAACAAUGACAAAUCUAUAAUUAAAUACUUCAACAUAAUACAUUACCACUGGUGUAUUUUUAAUUUAGUUGUAUUGAAUAUGUUCAAGGAAAUAAAGUGG